AUGGAUAAUAAUAUUAAUAAUAAUAUUAUUAUUAAUAAUAAUAAUAACAAUAGCAAUAUAAAUAAUAGGAAUGUUAAUAUUAAUAAUAUAGAUAAUAAUGAAGAUUAUUUAUAUUUUGAUGAUGUUCUACCAAUUUUUUUAAAAUUUAAAAGUUCACCAGUCGAACCAAAAACAGAAUAUGAAAAUAAAAUUAUGAAUAAUAAAAAACCCUAUUAUAUUCAAGGUAGCAAAAAGAAAGAGUUGGCAGAGUGGUAUUUAGAAUAUAUUGAGCUUCAAACAGAUAAAUUUUUAAUAGAGGAGGAUUCUUUCAAUUUUUCAGUUAUACCAACAAUGUAUUUAGAUACUCCACCUUCAUCAAUGGCCGAAAUUGAUAGAGAUUUAAUUAUAGUUAGAAAACAUGUUGACCAUUUAUCUUUUUCAGUAAAUAGUAAAGCUAAUAAACAGACUUCAUCUCCAUCUCCAUCUACCCCACAGAUUACAACACCAACACAACAAUCAACUUUAACAACACCAAGACACCAUAAUACAGUUAUAUAUAAUAAAUUGGUCAGUGAAUUAAUAACAAAAGUUCAUGCAUUAAUAGAUAUUUUCAUAAAAGAAAGUUUGUGUAUUUUAUAUUAUGAUCUUUCAAAAUUAACUGAUCAGUUUAAUAUAGAUAUAUUUUUAAAUAACCCUCUUGUA